CCUGAGGGCUAGAGCACCUGAGAGUCAGAAAACCUGAGGUCCAGAACACCUGAGGGCCAGAGCACCUGAGAGUCAGAAGACCUGAGGGCAAGAAGACCUGAGGGUCAGAAGACCUGAGGGCCAGAAAACCUGAGGGCCAGAAGACCUGAGGGCCAGAAGACCUGAGGGCCAGAAGACCUGAGAGUCAGAAGACCUGAGAAAUAACUACAAGCGAGUUACUGACCAGUGGAGGUGCCGGGGAUCGAACCCGGGGCCUCUUACAUGCAAAGCAAGCGCUCUACCACUGAGAGUCAGAAGACCUGAGGACCAGAAGACCUGAGAGCCAGAAGACCUGAGGGCCAGAAGACCUGAGGGCCAGAACACCUGAGGGAAGAAUACCUGAGGGCCAGAAUAUCUUCCAUAUUUGCCACUAAAGGGUUGCGACAGUGAUGGUGGGCCGCUACACGAGUCUCCCAGUCGAGGUAGCUUCUACUGUUCCUCGACGCUCCUUGUUCAGGGAUUCCUGGGUGCGACACUCGUCUCAGCCGUCAUUUCAGGGUGUUUCCUCUGCAAUGGAGACUCUGGAGCCCACAGCCCUUGGUCCUCCUAGUGAUCAGGGUGCCCAGGAGAUUCCUGAACCUUCAGGGUUGACCCAGAGACCUGAUACAUCCCUCCUGAAUAAUCAGAAUCCAUUGGGUUCUUCAGAGCUCAGAGUUUCCACACUGAGACCUGAUACAGGUAUUCGAUCUCCUAGUGAUCAAGGUUCCAUGGGUUUUUUGGGGCCAUUGGGGUCCACAUCGGGGCCAACCACAGGUCUCCGUCCAGCGAAUGACCAACGACCCCGGGACACGACCCGCCCCGCCUCCGUUAUACUCACCACCUACUGUCCCUCCGGCGGCGUCAUGCAGGAAUUCCAGGGUCUCACUGGUCGGGUGUCCAGGGCUAGAGCCUUCUUCGAAUCCACGACUUCGCAGCCUGAAGAGCCGGAGUCGCCCUUACAAUCCCCUCAGGAGGACAUAAGCGCUACUGCUGUAACCUACCGCUACAAGAACCCACACAGAGCCUCGCCAAGGCCCCGUGGGCAUCGCUACCGUAACACCAUCAGCACUUUUCCACGGUGGGCUCCGUCUGGGCAGCACCCAGCCAUCGACGACGCUGGCCACGCCCAACUCACCUCACCCGAUCUUGACGACCAAGGUAACAUCAGGAAACCUCAACGCACUAAAGAUGACACUGAUAUAGUCGAAAUAAAGCCUGUGAUGAUCCGCAGGCGUUUCGGAACAAUCACCGGGAUUAUCACCAGCCUCUCCACCCAUGACAAGGAACCUUAUCCCUCGAAGAAGAACGAAGAAAGCAGUAGCAGUGAAGGUACUAGUGGUGAGGGAGAUAUAGCGGUUAGUAGCAGUGCUGGUUUUGUGGACGAAGUGGUGGUCAGCAGCAUCAGCACGGAUAGUGGUGGUGAGGGAGCAGGUGUGGUCACCGCAGGUAGUAGUGGUGGUGAGGGAGCAGGUGUGGUCAGCACAGGUAGUAGUGGUGGUGAGGGAGCAGGUGUAGUGAGCACGGAUAAUAGUGGUGGUGAGGGAGCAGGUGUGGUCAACACAGGUAAUAGUGGUGGUGAGGGAGCAGGUGUGGGUGAGAGUGUGGGCGCGGGAGUCAGUAAGGGCUGGGACGCCGUGUGGUGCGCACCUUUCUACAGUCCACCUCCUUCGUGCCUGUGUGAGCACGCGACCCUCGUCUCUAAGGGCGUUGUUGCUAGUGAGAGCCAAGACAGUGCCGCAGGGGGCCAUGAUCAGGGCCCUAGGACCAUGGUAGUGCCAGAGGACGGGCAGGUGCAGGCAGCGCCACGCGUGGUAGCUGCCUGCAUCAAGUCCUAUCACGACAUCCCUGAGGAGUUGUUCAACAGUUUAGAGGAGAGUUCCGUGGACCCUAUCACUCCUGGACUCGCCUCCACGACGCCCACACACUCACCCGCCCACACCGCCCUCUCCCCGCCCACCAACACCCUCACGCCCGCCCCCUCACCGCCCUCUAUCACCAACACCCUGCCGCCCACGCCAGCUCCUCGCAGCGACUGGCGCGCCAUGAGAGAGGGCCGUCGGGCCCUCCUGAUGGGGGAAGUCAGCGACGCUGACACAGAAGGCAGCGAAGGUGAUCUCGGCGGCGUCGCGUCCACAAGCGACUACCACACCAGCGAUGGUCGUGGCUCCUCCCUCUCAGGGGCCAGUGACGACCACCACAGAAACAACGACCACCGCCACGACGACCACAAGAACCACAACCACGAUGUGCUGGAGAGGGAGUGUGAGUGUUGCAGUGACGCCGCCCGCCCCACCGUCCUCAUCAGAAACAAUUUCCGAGGCUUCUGCAGUGAAAUGCUGGGGUCGACGCGCCCUCACCUGCCCCCGGCUCGCCCACCCCCUCCUCGGGAGUGCAGUAGUCGUUCUCCUUCCCCGGAAAACCCAAGACGACCCACGCAGCUGGAGGAGGAGCUGCGCGCUGCUGGAGUCUACUCAGGAGGCCAGGAUCACCUCCCAGAGUUCCCAUCAGGACCUACGCUGCAACGCGAAGUCACACACCUCCCAGAAAUCCCCGCCUCAGCUAGAAACCACACUCAGACGAGGGCCUACACGCCCGUGAGGACCGCCCAUGCGUCCAGUAGGAGCGAGGCGGAGGCAGUAGCGGCGGCUCUGGAUGUUCUGGACUCGUCACUGGUAGGACUCAGCAGUUCCUCCAGUGAAAGUUCUCCAGCUCGCUCCCACGCCUCCAGUGUCGUGGAGCGACGCCUGUCUGGGCCAGACCCCACGCCUGCACACACGCCCACCUCUCUUCACACCCACGAGCACGCCCACGACGCGGCAGGGGCUCCUCAAGACUCCACUAUCAUCGGCAGAGGACACGACCAUUUUACCAAUUCUAAUCAUUACCGAGUCAGUCAGUGUCUCGCCCACGGUGCUGGAGUGGGCGGGCGGAGUCAGGAGAAUGGGCGGCCGCUGGAUAAGGAAGGUGGGCGGUCCCAGGAGGGGUGCCAGGAUCUGCAACCCAAGGACGCCGUCAUGGAGAGUCUUAAUCUCAUCGAGGAGGUGUACGUGGACGCACGCACCGUGCCCCACUCGUCCGUGUCCAUGCACGCCUACUACCCUGGCGUGCAGUACUCACCCACCACGCCCUCACCGACGACCCCAAUGAAACUGGGCAGGCACUCCUCUCUCAGCCCCACCCGCAGGGCCAUAGGGCCUCCUACAGUGCCAGGGGAUAGUGACAGUGGACACGAAAGUGGUGCCACUAGCCCCUGUGGCACUGGUGAAGAUACCCAGUCACCACCCCCCUCCCCCCACACCUCCCACAGUGCCACCAACACCCCCUCCUCCUUCAUCCACUCCCGCACCUCCAGUUUAAUUUCCUGUCGCGGGUCGGGGGUUUUGGAGGGAGAGGUGGGCGUGGCGGUGGUGGGAGAGCCAGCCACCCACAUGGGCAGCGGCGUGGGCGGCGUGUUGGAGCCCCGGCCGCCCACGCACUUCGUUGUAGUGGCUAUAGACUUCGGUACCACCUACAGCGGAUACGCUUUCAGUUUCACCCGCGACCCCGACAGUGUCCACAUGAUGAAGAAGUGGGAAGAGCCUCAACCGCGACACCCUGCUGGAGGCGGCCAAUGGGAAGAAGGUGCCAGCGCUGCAGAUCUUCAGCCACGCCCUUAGGUACUUUAGGGACCACGCCCUCAGGGAGCUGACGGACCAGGCUGGAGUGCCGGUGCUGGAGGAAGAUGUAAGAUGGGUCAUCACAGUGCCAGCUAUCUGGAGCCAUCCGGCCAAACAGUUUAUGAGGACUGCUGCCUAUCAGUUGCCUGCAGGGAUGGGUUCGUCCAGUAGACCAGAACAGCUACUGAUAGCUCUGGAACCCGAGGCUGCCGCUAUCUACUGCCGUCGUCUGCGUCGCCACCAGCUCCUCCCUGAGAGGCCGCAGGAGUUAAGGACACCCAGGUACUCCCUCGGUAGGGACUCCGUCUGCAGCGACACCGAGACCAGCCCGAUACCGGCCAUACCAGAACUAGACAGAGAUACGGUGUACGGUGUGGUUGACUGUGGUGGUGGUACUGUGGACAUCACCGUGCACCAGAUGACCGAUCGCACGACAGGUCACCUUAAGGAGCUUCAUAAGGCUACUGGAGGUCCUCAUGGCUCCAUAGGUGUUGAUGCAGAGUUCGAAAGGUUCCUGGAGACCAUCUUCGGCACAGACUUCUUGGCUACGUUUCGCCAGCAGCGACCAGCGGCCUACGUCGAUCUCAUGAUCGCCUUCGAGUCCCGUAAGAGGAACGCCUCGCCUUACAGGAGCACCCCAUUAAAUAUCGCUCUUCCGUUUUCUUUCAUCGACUUGUACCGCAAAUAUAAGGGCAAAGAUGUGGAGUGGGCCAUUAAGAAGCAGCAGCAUCUUGGAGUGAGAUGGUCAUCUCAAGGGAUGCUGAGGGUGGAACAGGAGACUAUGAGGCAGCUCUUCCUUCCAACACUUUCCAGCAUCACCCAGGCUAUCGAGUCAGUGUUGUCGGCGCCGGAGGUGGGUCAGCUGCAGUACAUGUUCCUAGUGGGAGGCUUUGCAGAGUCUGAGCUUCUGCAGAAGCACAUCAGAGACGCUUUCGGCCACCGAGUCAAUGUCAUCAUUCCUCAGGGCAUGGGUCUGGCUAUCCUGCGGGGAGCUGUGCAGUUCGGUCUGGAUCCCGGGGUAGUAACGGUCAGACGGUCUCGUCUAACCUACGGCGUCGGGGUGCUCAACCGCUACCAGAAGGGAGUCCACCCGGCGGAGAAGCGGGUGGUAGCGGCUGGAGCGGAGUGGUGCGCCGAUGUCCUGGACCGAUUCGUGGUUGUGGAUGAAAGUGUAGCUGUCGGAGACGUAGUGGUGCGAUCCUACACACCAGCCACUCCUGCACAGUCUACAGUGAUUUUGCACCUGUAUGCCACGCAGAGGCACGAUGCUAAGUUUGUGACUGAGGACGGAGUGGAGAGAGUAGGCACCUUGCACCUGGACCUGGGCUCUGCCCCGCGGCGUCACCACCACGCUCCUGAAGGAGGAGGAAGAGGCAGUCCCCGUCGGGAGAUCACCGUUAACAUGAAGUUCGGAGACACGGAAGUCAAGGCGUCAGCGGUGGACCACCUCACUGGGCAGUGUGUUAAAGCGAAUAUAGAUUUCCUCACUUUAUAAGGGCUUCGACUGAGAGUAAACACACGCAGAGAUCAAACACACAAAGAGCAAACACCCCCAGAGAGCAGACUCACUAUUAGAGAGCAGAUUCGCUAUUAGAGAGCAGACUCACUACUAGAGAGCAGACUCACUAUUAGACAGCAGACUCACUAUUAGACAGCAGACUCACUAUUAGACAGCAGACUCACUAUUAGACAGCAGACUCACUAUUAGAGAGCAGACUCACUAUUAGAGAGCAGACUCACUAUUGGAGAGCAGACUCACUAUUAGAGAGCAGACUCUAUUAGAGAGCAGACUCACUAUUAGAGAGCAGACUCACUAUUAGAGAGCAGUCACUAUUAGAGAGCAGACUCACUAUUAGAGAGCAGACUCACUAUUAGAGAGCAGACUCACUAUUAGAGAGCAGACUCACUAUUAGAGAGCAGACUCACUAUUAGACAGCAGACUCACUAUUAGAGAGCAGAUUCGCUAUUAUAGAGCAGACUCACUAUUAGAGAGCAGAGUCACUAUUAGAGAGCAGACUCACUAUUAGAGAGCAGACUCAUUAUUAGAGAGCAGACUCACUAUUAGAGAGCAGACUCACUAUUAGAGAGCAGACUCACUAUUAGAGAGCAGACUCACUAUUAGAGAGCAGACUCACUAUUAGAGAGCAGACUCACUAUUAGAGAGCAGACUCACUAUUAGAGAGCAGACUCACUAUUAGAGAGCAGAUUCACUAUUAGAGAGCAGACUCACUAUUAGAGAGCAGACUCACUAUUAGAGAGCAGACUCACUAUUAGAGAGCAGACUCACUAUUAGAGAGCAGACUCACUAUUAGAGAGCAGACUUACUAUUAGAGAGCAGACUUACUAUUAGAGAGCAGACUCACUAUUAGAGAGCAGACUCACUAUUAGAGAGCAGACUCACUAUUAGAGAGCAGACUCACUAUUAGAGAGCAGACUCACUAUUAGAGAGCAGAUACAUCGAAGGUAUAUAAAACUAUAUUUCUGUUUCAUCAAUAUAAGAGUAAAAACCGGGUAAAACCUGAAAUAAACCAAAACAUUGUUUCGGGUUUACUGUGCACUCUGGCAGGUCCGGGACCAGUGGUGGUCCCGGACCUGCCUGGUGCUCCCUGGUGGUGCUCUCUGCAUGCCCUCUGAUACACGCACCACAGCCUGACUGAUCAGGGGAAGGAAAACAGAUCAGUUUAGACCAGUGAUCAGUGUUUUAAUCCCUACACACUGUGUUCCACUGAUCGAGCGUCACGUCGACUGGGAAACUCUGAGUCCACAUCUUAAAGACAGGAGAGGCAUUGUAUUUUAAGGUCUGCAGAAUUUGGUUAAGCACCUAAAGUCGGUUCCUGACCAGCCGGGCUGUGACUCGUACGUUGGUUUGCGUGCAGCCAGCAGGAACAACCUGGUUGAUCAGGCUCUGAUCCACCAGGAGGCCUGGUCACAGACCGGGCUGCGGGGGCGUUGACCCCCGGAACUCUCUCCAGGUAAACUCCAGGUAUUUGUGGUUGCAGGAGUCGAUUCAUAGCUCCUGGCCCCGCGUAAUGGUCCAUGUACUUCUGUCAUUGCCAGUCAUAAUGCUUCACGUGUUGCCUAGAGACCAAAUGUUUUCUUAGGCCAGCCUAUGUAGGCCUACCUGCCUCAGGAGGGGCACCCAGGGGUAGAGGAACCCUCGGCACUGCUCACAGGUAUAUCACAGGUAAAAGACAGAACUGAACUAGGAGUCUUCCACAUGAUUUCCAAAUAACUCUUGCAAAUAAGACCCUUGACGGUUUAGCGCUUUCUUUGAUUAUAAUAAUAAUAAUAAUUUGUAUAUAUUUGUGUAUUAAAUUUAUACACAAAGUCAUUGUAAAUAUUGAUGGAAUAGUCAUUAUAUCGGGCUCUUUAUGGGUGCUGGUGGUGGUUAAGGGCUCUUGAUAUGAGGAACUGAAGAUACCCCCUCCUCUUCCUCGGAUUAAAUCUGGUUGUCUCCCGUUGGCACGGUGCUGUAUGGCCCAUACGGGCGUAGCGUUUCCCGCGAAAACAAGUUAAUUAUAUUGUUAUUUCUGUUCGAUAAUUGAGGUUGAUAAUAAUGAGAGGUAAUUAAGCUGAUCCGAGGGAGUGAAGGUCACCUCCCCUUCCCUGGAUCAAGAGCCCUCCACCAGCUCAAUUCACCUCUUUUGCACGUAAGCAGAAAGCAGUGAAUUGGUCAGGUGAGGAGAAUCAGGUACGUGAAGACAGGUGCUGCGGCAGGUGUGGUCACCUGGUGCUCGAUAAACAAGGGCAGAUGAUGCGAGGUUUCGCUUCGUGCUUCCUGUGGGCGAAACCUCGUUAUGGUGAAAAGUUUUCUUUUGCUGUGCAUUCGUUGACCUGCAGCAAUACUCCGUUUCUUCACCUAGAGUUUGCAGGUGGUGAGUCAUAGCUCCUGGCCCUGCCUCUUGCAGGGGUAUUUGUUGUGACAGGUAUUGUGGCAGAUGUUGUGACAAAUGUUAUAUCAGGUGUUGUGACAGGUGUUAUGACAGAUGUUGUGACAGAUGUUGUGACAAGUUUUAUGACAGGUGUUAAAACAGGUGUUGUGGCAGGUGUUAGGACAGGUAUUGUGACAGGUAUAAAGACAGGUGUUAGGACAGACAUAAGGACAGUUACACAAGAAUAAGUAACGUCUGUCACAUAACAUCCCAGCAAUUACAAGUUGAUGCCAAAGGACUGUAUAUAUAUUAUUAAUCACGUUUGUUAUAUAUAGACUCUAAACAAAGACCAAUUAUUGUAUGUGAGAAUAUUACAAUACAUCGAAAUUAUAAA